UACAAAAGGAUUAAUAGUUAUUUUGUAGUUUUGUAAAUCUUGGAUCACUUUUUCUCUUCUGCCUUGUUUUAAUAAUCUUUGUUUUGGCUGCAACCACAGCCAUCUCACCAGGUACAAACUGUAAAAGACGAGUUAAAUGCUACUAAAAGAUUUUACAAACUUGUAGCAUCCGUUGAGAGUUGAGGCACAAGAGUCUGAAGUCUGUAGUAUUUAAUUUAUAUGGUGCCCUUUAGAACUUGGAUUUUGCGGUUCUCAGAAAGUUAUGUGGUGGCUGCCACUGGCUGGCUUGCAUGAAUUAUUUCUGUAAAAUUUGGUCUAGCUUAGACUUUCUAAAUAUCAAGAAGAAAGAACAGGAUUGUGAACGCUUUUAUGGCCUCUGAGAGGGAAGAUUUUGGUCUUUCAGGGCCCUUACACCUAAAUAGUAUAGAUUGGACCAAUGCACAUCAUCGAAGGUCUGUAGCAGCCAGUUUGGUUGAGGGUGUCUAUAUUUUGGAGCGAGACCGCCAGGAAAAACGUCAAGAAUCUCAAGCUCUGGCUCCUCCUUGGUGGGAGUUCUUCCAUUUUAAGUUGAUUCGUCAGCUUGUUGAUGAUGCUGAUUUUUGCAUCUUUGGUGCCAUUUAUGAGUAUAAGCCUCCAUCAUCUCAUUGUCAUGACUCAAUUGAUCGAAGCCCCCACUAUGUGAUUGCCUUCCGAGGUACCAUAACUAAACCAGACUCCUUCUCAAGAGACUUUGAGUUGGAUAUCCACAUAAUACGAAAUGGUCUCCACCAGACUUCUCGCUUUGAGAUUGCCAUGCAAGCUGUUCGAAACAUGGUUGCUGCUGUGGGUGAUUCAAACGUCUGGUUAGCUGGCCAUUCCCUUGGGGCAGCAAUGGCAAUGCUGGCUGGAAAGACUAUGGCUAAGACAGGCAUUUUUCUGGAAGCUUUCCUCUUCAAUCCACCAUUCUUAUCUGCCCCAAUUGAGAGAAUUAAAGAUAAGAAAGUGAAACAUGGACUUCGAUUUGCUGGCAGUGUCAUCACAGCUGGACUUGCUCUUGCCACAAAGGGUAACAGUCUAAGGAGUCGGUCCGAAGAUCCAUUUGCUGCUUUGUCUGCGUGGACACCAUGUUUAUUUGUGAAUCCUGCUGACCACUUAUGCUCUGAAUAUGUUGGCUAUUUUGAGCAUAGGAAAAAGAUGGAAGAGAUUGGGGCCGGGGCUAUCGAGAGGUUAGCAACCCAGCAUUCAUUAGGAGGUCUAUUUAUGAGUGUCGUGGGAAGGGGUGCAGAAGCUGCAGAACCACUGCAUCUGCUUCCUUCAGCAAAUUUGACAGUGAAUCUAACUCCUGCACAAGAUUUCAAGCAAGCCCAUGGGAUUCACCAGUGGUGGGGACCUGAAGUACACUUGAAGUGCAACCUUUACAAGUAUAAAUAGUUUGUGCUUGUCCUGAUUUAUGUUGUAUAUGUACCAUUAGAGGAAUCCUUUAGUGGUUUCUGUUGCUGUGGAUUGGGGAAAACAUAGAAACAUGUAUUGUUUCAGUGUCAUCUCAAACUGAUUGAUUGCAGCCAAUUAUCUUGUCAAAUUAUAGGAAGUCAAAAUAUGCUGCUACUUUAAACAGCUCAAAUUUUCACAUGCUAAAGAGUCUAUUGCCACUCUAA